GUUUACAGUGUACAGUACGGCUAUAUAACAGCAGGGGCGGUGCAGUACUAACUGCUCUCUCAGGACUCACUGCCACUGACAGCACUCUCUGCUCCUCUCAGGUCAGUCAGCUGAACGGACAGCAAGCUGUGGACACCUGGAACCUAACUGGAUACAGCAUUCAUUUGGAAUAUGAACAGCUUUCGACUCGGACUUGUUUUCCUUCAUUAUGUUGUUUUCCUCCAGCUAAGUGGCUGCGCGUCCCAGGAUCAGAGUACAAACCCUGCAGUGACGGCAGGGAAACUUCUGCACACUCUGUCUGAAGUGCACACUCCAAACAAUGACACCGAAAUGGAAGAACACCUUCUGGACAGUAAUGAAGACUACAUCUCUGCGGAAUAUGAGGACGACUAUCCCAAAGUUGCAUUUUCCACAAAGCCUAAAGUUUCCUCAUCGACCGCAAUGAAAGGUCAAGGGAAAGGCAGAGCUAGGAAGAAGAACCCUUGCCAGAGAUCAAGAUACAGAAAUUAUUGCAUUCAUGGCGUUUGCUGGUACCUGGCAGAUCUAAAUCUUACCUCUUGCAUAUGUGAGGCAGGAUACUCGGGUGAGAGGUGCCACCUGUUCAUCCUGACUGUUAGCAAAGAAGUUGAAGGCAACAGUCACACCACAGCUCUGGCUAUAAUUGCAGCAGUUCUGUCCUUAAUGUGUCUCACCAUCAUUGGCAUUUUACUGGCCUUAAGAUGUCAAAAAAAGAGUGACAGUAGUGUGGAGGAGAAGAUCAGACUUCAGCCACUGCAUAGUAGUGACGAAAAAGUAAAAGACACAAGCCAAUGGCUCAGUGGACAUGACAGCUACCACCUGGAGACAUCCUGUCAACACUGAAAAGGAAGAUGGUAGUGCCCAGCACAUCAUAUGUCUCCAAAGGACGACUUGAAGGAAAUUAUGAACAUUGAUUGGAAGAGCAUGUCUAUGGCAUGUCUAAGAGAAUUGUAGAGCAUGUCUAUGGGUCUGUGUAGCUCCAACACACAAAGAACAUAGGAAAGUCAGUGAAUGUAGUUGCAUUACAAUUUUUAAAUGUUUGAACUUACUAUUUAUUUAUUUUUAAAGGAUACUUGAGCAGGAUAAGGUCAGUCAUGCUAGUGUAUUUAUUUAUAUAUUAACUAUUUAUUUUAUCAUGUACAACCCCAAUUCCAAAAACGUUGGGACAGUAUGGAAAAUACUAAUAAAAACAAAGAGGACUGAUUUUGUAAAUGUACUUUGACUUGUGUUUAAACAAAAAACAGCGAAUAAUCCAACACUUUGAGAACAAUAUUCUCCAAAGAUAAAUCGGUAGGAUUUGGGGCAUUUCACCUUCUACAGUGCACAAUAUAAUUAAAAGAUUCAACGUUUCCAGUCAAAUCUUGGUGUGUAAAGGGCAAGGUCAAAAACCAUUUCUGAAUGCACGUUAUCUCAGACGUCACUGUCUUAAAAUCUGUCAUGAGUCUGUAAUGGAUAUCCUGACAUGAGCUCGGGAAUACUUUGGCAAACCUUUGUCCAUUCGCAACACCAUUCACCACUGCGUCCACAGAUGCAAGUUAAGGCUUCACUAUGCAAAGCAGAAGCCAUACAUCAACACUGUCCAGAAGGGCCACCGACUUCUCUGGGCUCGGUCUCAUCUGAGUUGAACAGAAGCACAGUGGAAUCGUGUUUUGUGGUCUUAUGAGACAAAAUUUCAAAUAGUUUUUGGACAAAAUAGUUGUCGUGUUCUCCGGGCCAAAGAGGAAAAGGACCAUCCAACCUGUUAUCAGGGUCAGGUCCAAAAGCCAGCGUCUGUCAUGGUAUGGGGGUGUGUCAGUGCCCAUUUCAUGGGUAACUUGCACAUCUGUGAGGGCACCAUUAAUGCAGAAAGAUAUGUACACAUUUUGGAGCAACAUAUGCUCCAAUCCAGAGCAGGACAACACCAAACCACAUUCUGCCCAGAUAACAAGCACAUGGUUGCAUAAGCAGAGAGUGCAGGUGCUAGCAUGGCCUGCCUGCAGUCCUGACCUGUCUCUGAUUGAGAAUGUGUGGCGCAUUAUAAAGUGCAAAAUAAGGCAAUGAAGGCACGGUACAGUUGCGCAGCUGAAGAAAUGCAUAAUGGAUGAAUUGGAAAAACUUGCUAAACUUAACCAACUGGUGUCUUCAGUGCCGAAACACUUAAUAAAUGUUAUUAAAAGAAAAGGUGAUGUUACACAGUGGUAAACAAUCAGCUGUCCCAACUUCUAUAUUGUAUAUUUUCACAAAUAAAUUAAAUUCACAAAGUAAAACAUCAAAUAAUUUGUUAAUAAUGUGUUUUCAAUAUAGUACAGGGUGAAUUGAAUUUUCAAAUGGCUCUUUUGUUUAUUCAUUUAUUUAUUUAUUUAUUUCAUUUUCCAUACUGUCCAAACUUUUUCAGAAUUGGGGUUGUAAUAAUGAUGUCUAUUUACUGAAUGCACUGUCAGUUUGUAAUAUGUACAGUGCAGUCUGUAUUUAAACAGUGAUGCAUUGUUGUUUUUUUUGUCCCUGUACUCCAGCAUGUUGGAUAUGAGAUGAGCGUGAUUGUAAGUUUAAAGAACAUAAUUUCAUCAUUAAAUUUGCAUUAACAGGCUUGAAACAGUGUCACCAAGGAAGAUAUUUAGUGUUUAAUGUGGUUUGUAACGUCACCUACAUUUCAGGUAGUCACUAACUGUAAAGGAAACACUUAUAGCAGCAGCCUUUAUUUUGAAACAUAUACAUUACAGUGUAAUAAAAGUCUUUUAUUUCAUAUAUCCCAAAUUAUUAGGGAGUGCCAUGAUACAGCACCCCUGGAGCAGAGAGGUUUAAGGCCCUUACUCAAGGCCCCAACAGUGGCUGCUUGGCAGUGCUGGGGCUUGAAUCCUCAACCUUCUGAUCAGUAAACCAAAGCCAGUCAGUAAUAAGUACUAUAUAAGAUUCUUAUUUGGAGUCUGCAUAUUUAUGAUCCCAGAUGAUUGUGCAUUAAGCAUUAAAAUGUUAAAAGUAACAUUAUACACUUUAAUAUCAUAAUCAUUGUUUCAUUUCAAACUGGAGUACAGAGCCAAAAUGAGAAAAUAAUCUUACAGGCUGAAUUUUAAAAUGUUUUAAAAUAUUUAUUAUUGUAUAACCAACAAACAUUCUGGGGGGAAAAAUGCCUUUUUAUGCUUUAUUUGUUGAUGUAUAAAAAUAUUGGUCAUUUGAAUUUAGUACAUUGUUUUGCUUAUUCUUUUCAAUUAUUCUUGAAAACAAUUUGAUGAUUUUAUGACUGUACUGUGAAACAUGGAGCCCAGUUAAAGAUAAUUGGCGAUACCUUUGUUUGUACAUUACUGGCCAAAAAUGUCUAAGCCAGAAGGAUUUCAACAGUAUUCUACUAACAGUCAACACAAUACAAUGCAACAUGUUUACUGACAGCUAGUGAAAAUGAACCAUGAGGCAUGGCAUGGCCUGUACAGGCACUCAUUCUCUUACCAAUGAGACUAAAACCAUUUUAUUCUCUAUUAACAAUCAUAAUACUGUUUAUAACUUAAAAAUUAAAUUGUCACAUGUUUAUUCUUGUAAAA